UGAUGUCAAAUCAGUAGCGGCAGUCCCAUACGCUGAUCCAGGAAGUGCGAAACUUUAGGGUAGCUGAUGGUAGGGAGGGGGAGACUGUUUCGGAGUAAACUCAAACAAGGUCGAAGUUCUAACUAAAUAACUUAGUGGAGCUAAAACAACGUUUAACAGUUAUCAAGUUGUCCUCUUUCCGCGGAAAUGCUGUAAUGGACUCCGUUGACGCAGUGUUCCUGCCCGAUCGGCGAGGUCCAGCUUGCAACCCUUUGCUGGACCAGCUGCCCAGCUACCAGUCCCUGCUCUACCGCCGGAAGCCUUCCCAUGAGGGCAGCACCAAGCGGAGGAGUAGCAGCCAGCGAGGGGGGCGAUUCGGGUCCCUGAGCAACAAAUGGACGAGCGCGAGAGCGGAGAACAAGCAGAAGAGCGCCACCCUCCAGAGGCCUGUGAGAGAGCAGCCCAAGACCAUGGAGGAGAAGCGCAGAGACCGGGAACAGCGGAGGGAGCAGGACCGGCGUCUGGGCGGCUGGAGCCAGUGGCAGCGGAGCAUGCGGCGCUCCCUGAGGCGGAUGAGGGACGACGGGCUGGACUUGCUCCGGGGUCUGGAGCUGUGGAGGGGCGACAUCCACGUGAUCGAGGGGAUGUUCGGUACGGGCAUCCUGUCCUACUUCUCCUUCCUGCGCUUCCUGGUGCUGCUCAACUUCAUCAUGUUCCUCCUCAUGUUCGGGUUCGUCAUGCUGCCCAUCAUCAUGGCGCCCAGUGCCUCAGGAAACGUCACCUCAUACAUCAGUAACAGCAGUCAGUGCAGUGAUUAUCCCAGCAGCUCCCGCCAGGGCCUGGUGGUUUUCCACCAGUACAUCGCAGACCUGCUCUCAGGAACGGGCUUCCUGGAACAGACCUACCUGUUCUACGGCUACUACCGAGUGGGCGGUGUCCAUUUCCCGAGGUUCUCGUACAACCUCCCCCUGGCGUACCUGCUGGUCACCGCAGCCUACCUCCUCCUCAGCCUCGUCUGGAUCGUGAAAAGAUCAGCUGCAGGCUUCAAGCAGAAUCUCAUCCAGGAUGAGGAUCGCUUCCAGAGCUUCUGCAACAAGAUCUUUUCUGGCUGGGAUUUCUGCAUCACCAAUGAGAACGCCUCCAGACUGAAGAGGAGCAGUUUGCUGUACGAGCUCAAGACGGACCUGGAGGAGGAGCGCAUCAAGCAGAAGAUCGCCGACCGCACCCGCAAGGACAAGUGCCGCAUCUUCGCGCUGCGCGUGGUCCUGAACGUGUUUGUGAUUGCCGUGCUGGCGGGCUGCUUCUACUGCAUCUACCGGGCUACCAUCUUUUCCCAGGAGGCCCAGAUGAAAUCACCGACUAACUUCAUCAUGGAUCUGAUCUUCGAGUACCUGCCCUCCAUCGUCAUCACCAUGGCCAACUUCCUGACGCCACAGGUGUUCAGCCUCAUCGUCCAGUUUGAGGACUACUCCCCAGCCUUCGAGAUCCGCUUCACACUCAUGAGGUGUGUGUUCAUGCGACUGGCCAGUAUCGGGGUUCUGCUCUUCUCCCUCUGGUCUCAGAUCACUUCCUGCGAGGGAAGCUGUCCCUGCGGCUACAACCACAAGCUCUACCCUUGUUGGGAAACACGUGUUGGACAGGAAAUGUACAAGCUCAUGAUCUUUGAUUUUAUCAUCAUUGGGGCGGUCACUGUCUUUGUGGAAUUUCCUAGAAAGAUCAUCUAUAACUACUGUCCCUGCGGCCUGGCCAAGUGGUGGGGGCAGCAAGAGUUCGCCAUCCCUCAGAACGUGCUGGAGAUCGUCUACGGCCAGACCAUCUGCUGGAUCGGCACCUUCUACUGCCCCCUGCUGCCCGCCAUCAGCACCAUCAAGUUCUUCAUCGUCUUCUACAUCAAAAAGGUGAGCCUGGUCAACAACUGUCGCCCCGCCACACGGCCAUUCCGAGCCUCGAGCUCCAACUUCUUCUUCCUGGUGGUGCUGCUGAUUGGCUUGGCCCUGGCCUGUGUUCCAGUGCUGGUCAGCAUUGCGCAGAUUCCCAGUUCCCAAGCGUGCGGCCCCUUUAUCUACUACAAGACGUCCUGGAACGUGGUACCGGAGGCGGUGAAGGCACUUCCUGUGGGCCUGAGGACCUUCCUCUACGCGCUCGCCUCCGAGCCCUUCGCUGUGUCUCUCUUCGUCAUCACAUGCCUGGCCAUGUUCUAUGUCAUUGCACUAGCCGGAGCGCACAAGCAGGUCAUCAAUCAGCUCAGGGAGCAACUAGCCAUGGAGGGACGGGACAAGCGCUUCCUGAUCCAGAAGCUUAGCUACGCACAGAAGAGGGCAUCGGCUGGACAUUCUUCAUCCUCAGCCAGGAGCAAUCGCUUCCAGAGCACGCAGAGUCGAGAAAACUCCGGAGUGUUUCUGGUCCAACCAGCACCCGACUCGGCGACUCAGGUCUAAGCGAAGGUCCGUGUCAGACGGUCAACAAGAGCCCGAUGAAUAAAACCUUCUCUUAACAAACUAAAAAGGAAAACAACAAAAAAAAGGCGAAAAAAGAACAACUCUUAUAAAACUUUUUCCAGGGUAUUAUUUCUUAUUUUACAUUGUUUUUGUAUUGUUUGUUGAGGGGUUUAGACGUUAAGGUUUGGUGAGCAUUAACCCUUUCUAGUUACCGCUGUGACUCUAAACUGUGCAUCAUCUCUGAGUUGAUCACGCUCUGAUACUUGCCACAGCCAGAGUAAAAACAUUGGGAUCUUAGGAAACCUGUUUCAUAUAUCGAUAGAUACUCAACUGUCCGAUACUUGUUGGUUUGGGGUGUUUCUUUUUUUUUUCCUUCUAAGAAGGACAUCUGGAAAUGGUUACUGUUGAAAGGAGACACCACUCAAAGGAAAGUUGUUAACUCUUUCCUAUAACAAAAGAUGUGAUGAAAUGACCACUACAGUUUUAUGCCGUUCAUUUUUUCCAUAUGUUGUCAUUUGUAUAACUGGUAACUUUGGUACCCAUGAUUAGGACUAAAUGUCCUUUUAACUGUCUAUGUGCCCUCCUUAAAAUAUGGAGGGUGUAUUUCUCUGAGCCUGGAUUUCAAAUGCUGCUCGCAGUAUUAUUUUAUUGUUUCUCUUUCAGUGUUGGGACUAACAAUGUUGAAACAUUUUUUUAUUGUGCUAAUGAUAUUUAUGACUCUUGAUGUUCAAGUUUGGAUGUUACAUGUGAAAAUAAGCGUUUUAGUAAGAAAUAAAAAUUGAAAAUAUCAAAA